AUGCUCGAGUGGACGAACCUGCGCGAGCUGCCCAAGGCCGUGGACCUCCAGCCGCUCUACGACCUCGUGGACAUGCGCGAGGAGAUUUAUAUCAGCCGGCUCCGCGAGGCCGUAGGCAUCAAGGGCGUGUCCGCGUGGGUCGACCACCGGCCGAAGAUCGUCGAGAUGAUCGAGUGGACCAAGGCCUGGGCGGAGAAGCUCGGCUGCAGCGAGGCGCGCCUCGUCGAGAACCCGAAGAAGGGCGAGGACGACACGCUGCCGCCGAUGCUGCUCGUCCGCACGGUCUGCGCCUACGGCCAUCUCGACGUGCAGCCCGCGAAGAAGGCCGACGGCUGGGACACGGAGCCCUUCGAGCUCACGGAGACGGACGACGGCCGGCUCUGCGGCCGCGGCGCGUCCGACGACAAGGGCCCGGCGCUGUCCUGGCUCUGGGCCGUCGAGGCGCACCGGAAGCUGGGCCUCAAGCUGCCCGUGCGCCUGAAGCUGCUCUACGAGGGCAUGGAGGAGUACGGCUCCGUGGGCAUCCCCGAGUUCAUCGCCUCCGAGGCGCGGCCGCCGGCGAAGCGCGACGCGGGCUGGCUCGCCGACGUGGACCACUUCGUCGUGUCGGACAACCAGUGGCUGUCGAAGACGACGCCCUGUCUCACCUACGGGUUGCGUGGCAUGGCCUACUUCGAGUGCGUCGUCGAGGGCGGCAAGUCCGACCUCCACUCGGGCGUCUACGGCGGCUCCGUGCACGAGCCGCUCAACGAUCUGAUCCACCUGCUGGGCACGCUGCGCGCGCCGCCCAAGGCCGGCGGCCUCCACCACGAGCGCAUCCGCGUGCCCGGGCUGCUGGACGCCGUGCCGCCGGUGACGGACGAGGAGCGCGCGACGUACAAGGAUUUGGACUUCGACGUGGACACGUACCACCGCGAGGACGUGUCGCCGGGCUGCGCGCUCGAGGGGGCGACGAAGGAGCAGGUGCUCAUGGCCCGCUGGCGCUUCCCGACGCUGUCGAUCCACGGCGUCGAGGGCGCCUUCGCGGACCCCGGCGCGAAGACGGUGCUGCCGCGGCGCGUCGCGGGCAAGUUCUCCAUCCGCCUGGUGCCCGACAUGGACCCGGAGUCGACGGGCCGACUCGUCAAGGCCCACCUCGAGGACCAGUGGCAAAACGUCGUCGGGUCCAAGUACCCCCUGAAGGUCGAGAUGAUCCACGGCGGGCCGGCCUGGGUCUCGAAGACGGAGAACCCGAACUACGUCGCCGCGGCGCGCGCGGUCGAGCGCGUCUUCGGCAAGAAGCCGGACCUGACGCGCGAGGGCGGCUCCAUCCCCAUCGCCAACUGGCUCGAGUCCGCGACGAAGAUCAACGUCGUCUUGCUGCCGACGUCCGCGUCCAACGACGGCGCGCACGCGCAGAACGAGAAGUGGGACCGGACGAACCUGCGCAACGCGCCGAAGAUCCUCGCGACCUACCUCCACGAGAUCGCCAAGCUCGUCGGCCCGCGGCCCGCGCUCUGCAAGUGCGACCCGCCGACGGAGGAGGAGCUCAGGACGCCGGGCGCCUUCGCCUUCGCCAAGGGGUUCCGCUGCCGGUGCGAGAUCUAG